AUGGACCCCUCCCAGUCUUUGCUGCAGCGCGCCAAGUCGCGGCGGCAACCGGACGAAGCGCAGCAGCUGCUGCCCACGUGCCCCAUGGUGUACGCGAUAAUAGACGAAGCGAGUCUAGAAGAAGCCGCCGCUGCCAACGCCGCCGCCAACGCUGCCGCAGCCGUCGCCGCCGCCGCAGCAGCUGCUGCUGGUGGUGUCUCUGCCGGUUCCCCACGCUCCACUGAUGGUUCUGUUGGGGGGGCAGCGGUGGGGGGAGGGGGGAGCGUAGGAUCAGCGGGGUCUUUAAGAGGGUUGGGCGAAGGCUCAGGCAGACUAGGCUCAGGAGCGGGCGGAAGCGGCGGGGGAGGCGAGAGAAGCAGCAGCGGCGGAGGGGGGCUGCUAAAGAGACUAAGCAGCGGCAAGUCAACAGCCGACGGCACAGGAACCAGCCUGGACGCUCCAGAUCAAAGCGGAGGGCUACUAGGCGGGAAAGGCGGCGCCAUGGAUUUCGCCAUGCUGGGUCCCGCAGGGGAAGGGCUGCAGAAAGCAGGCGUGCUGUUGCAGGAGGGCGGCGAGUUCAACCCAGCCAUGUUCCGCAUGAGGCUGCCGGCUGUGGAGGAGGGCACACAGGUGAAGGUGCGGGUAUCGUAUGUGGAGACGAUGGGCGUGCGCGCAGGGUACUAUGAGGUGGUGGUGCCGCUGGUGGUGCCGGAAGCGGUGGUGCCGAGUCAUCUGGAGUUGGUGGAGGUGGUGCAGGUCAGCUGCGCUAUUAACAGUGGCCAUACCAGGCCGCUCAAAGUCGGGGAUUUCAACCAUCCCAUGAAGGUGAUGUUUGUGGAGCUAGGCCGGGCGUCCUUCACAGGCUUCCCCGCCAGCACCACGCCUGAUGGCAAGCCGUGUGUAUGGCCCAACGCUGACUUCGUCCUCUCCUACCAGGUGGUAUGUGAGGACGUGGCAGCGGCCAUGCUAGUGCAGGCACCAUACGAGGAGGACCCCGACACACGAGCCAUCUUCUGCCUCUCCGUCUGCCCCCCCGACCCCUGCCAACUGCCGGUGUACGGGCGGGCAGUGGUGUUCAUUCUCGACAGCCACAACGCCAUGCGCGGGCGCGCAAUGGAGGAGGCUCGGCGCGCAGUCAUGGCGGCGCUCAAGCGGCUGAGCCCGGCGGACAGCUUUGGCAUCAUAGCGUUUGACUACGAGCUGCUGGUGUUCGCCGAGGCCAUGGAGAGCGCCACUGCAGAGGCCGUGAAAAAGGCGAGCAAGUUCGUGCUGCAGGCGUAUGAUACUGACGAGGCCUGCAACAUUCUCUCGCCUCUGCAGCUGGCGUUGAAGAUGCUCAAGGGAGUGAGGGGCAUGUUACCGCAGAUAGUGCUGUUGAGCGAUGCAGCGGUGGAGGACGAGCGCUCCAUCUGCUGCUACCUGCAGGAGGCGCUGCUUGAGUGGGGACCCAACGCCCCCCGCAUCUUCACCUGUGGCAUUGGUCCCAGCUGCAGCUACUACUUCCUGCGCUGGAUAGCAGGUGUCAGCCGAGGGGCCACUGAGUUCGCCUUCACUGCUGACGAGGUGCGGAAAAAGGUGGAGCGGCUGCUGUUGGCAGUGUCCCGUCCUCUUAUCACCAACAUCACCAUCAGAGACAUGCCCGCCGGCUUCCAGCUAGUGCCAUUCCCCAUCCCCGACCUGUAUGCAGCAUGUCCGGUGGCGGUGUCAGGGCGGCUGGAUGGAGACGUGCCUCUAGCAUUGGAGCUAAGAGGCGUGCGUGCCAACGGGGCCCCCUGGAAGGCCAAGGUGCCUGUUGUUGAGGCCGCCACUCUGCCACUCUCCACUGUGGGCAUACGGGAGCACACGGACCUGAUGACAGCAGAUGCAUGGCUGCAGCGCGACCCCGACCUCGAGCGAGGGGUGGCGCGCAUGAGUCAGACGGUGUGUGUGCCCAGCCACUUCACGCGCAUGGUGCUUUUCGAAACCAACCGAGCCAGCUACGAUGCGCUGCAGCACGACCGCAUACAGGUGCCACCUCCCUUCCCUUCCUCAACCCCACCACACUCCUUGCCCUUUGCCCGGAUGCCGCCUUUCCUCCUUGUCUUCUUUUCACUGGAUCAAUCACUCAUCUGA